GAAGGCGCAAGCUCUCGCUCGCGUCGCAACUUGGGAUCCGCGCGAGGCGAGCUGCUCGACCCGGGUGACCGCCCUCGCCAAACACCACCGCCGGUGUCCUCUCUCCUGAGGGCGGGCGCAGGCACCGCGACGAACGUCACCACAGGUGACCCUCAACAAUGUGUGACAGGAUUGAACACCAUUCGCCUCUCGCUGUGGAGCUCUGAGUUGUCGCUCACCGAGGCAGCUGAGGGGCGUCUCUGAGGAAGAUGCUGGGUUCAGAGCGCGGUGUUGUCGAAGAAUGGCUGUCAGAAUUCAAGUCCUUACCAGAAACCCAGCUCUCAAGGUAUGCCAGCAGCCUUCAUUUGAAGAAGACCUUGGUACCAGCGCUCUACCGGGUCAUCCAGGAUCCCGGCAAUGAGCUGUUGGAGCCCGUGUGCCACCAGCUGUUCGAGCUGUACCGCAGCUCCGACGACCGCCUGCGGCGUUUCACGAUGCAGUUCCUGCCCGAGCUGGUAUGGGUGUAUCUGCGAGUCACAGCCAGCAGAGACCGUCAGAGCAACGGCUGCAUUGAGGCCCUCUUACUGGGCAUCUACAACCUGGAAAUUGUGGACAAAGACGGCAACAGCAGGCUGCUUUCCUUCACGAUCCCCUCGUUAUCCAAACCAUCGAUUUAUCACGAGCCUUCUAGCCUGGGCUCCAUGGCCUUGACAGAGGGGGCUCUGUGUCAACACGACUUGAUCCGAGUUGUGUACAGCGGCCUCCACCCUCAGCGAGAGACCUUCACGGCUCAGAACAGGUUUGAAGUUCUUGGUUUCCUUAUGCUGUGCUACAACUCUGCUGUGGUCUACAUGCCGCUAUCCUCCUAUCAGUCAGUUUGCAGAAUGAGCUCACGGUUGUGUGUCUGCGGUUUCCCACGGCAGCAGCAGAAACUCUGGAGGGAGCCGUGCAACCGCGUGCUCCUGGAGCCCGAGUUCAUGGUGCAGAUGCUGACUGCUGUUUAUCACGCCAUAUACAACGGAGAGUGGGAGAUGGGUCGGGAAGCUCUGGAGGACGUUCUGUACAGAGCUCAGCUGGAGCUUUACUCCCAGCCUCUCCUGCUGGGCAACGCCAUGAAGAACUCGCUGCCAGACAGCGCCCCGAACGAGCCGCAGGGGCGCAAGGUCCUGCAGGUGGAAGUGACCCCCACCAUAAGCCGCAUUUCCAUCUCGGCAAUCACCACCGCCUCCAUCCGACGUCACCGCUGGAAGCGAGAAGAUUGUUUUGACUACUCGAGCGACGCAGAGUUGAGCGUCGCCGUCGCUCGUCCUAGCCCCGCCCUACGGCCAUCAGCCACUGAGCCGAGAGACGGGGGCCCUCGCAGCCACCAUCAACGCAGCAGCAGCGUUAUUCCCCCCAUCACGCUCGAGGAUGCUGACGGGAUGAGCGGCGGUGAAGAUUCCUUCAACGCCAACGACCCAGACGAGGGGUUCUCCUCCGGGGCGUCCAACAGUAGCCAGCCCUGUGGCACCAGGGCGGGCGGCGGCGGUCCGAAGGCCGGCAGCCUGAGCAGCGGCGGAAGCAGCAUCAAGAAAGCCAUCACGGCCAGGCUCUCCCGGGACAAGGAGCGAGACAGGCUCGAGGCGGCCAAGCAGGCGGAUGCGUCGGCGGAGGUCAAACGCCAGCAUCAGAGGAAGCAGUCGCCCCCGGCCAGCAUCCAGCUGGACGCCAUCCAGCUGAGUCCCAUCAAGAAGCACUUGAGCUUCCCCUCCGGACCCCCGCUGGUACGGACUGGCAGCGCCUCCUCCAGCAAGUCCUUUGACUGCAUGGCCUUCAACCUGAACGGCGGCAGACGGGAACAGGAAGGCGGCGGCGGAGGCGGAGGCUCGGAUGAGGAAGGCGGGCGUCCCGCCGGAGGCUCCCACCGCCAUUCCACAGUCAGCUUGCAGGAGGGCCACCUGAUCAGACCCGAAGACCCCCUCCUGUCCCCCGGGGCGCCCCUCACUAAGCAGUCCCGCUCCCCCAGCUUCAACAUGCAGAUCAUAUCACAGGUUUAACAUGGACAGUGGAUAUAAAAAAAAAAAAAAAAAAAAAUCUACACAGUCCUGUUCAAUGGCCAUUUUUGCAAUAUUAAAAAAAAAAAAGCGCAAAAUGACAGAAAACAAAAAAUUACAUCUUUAAGAGGUAAGUAAAAAUGAAAAAAAUUGUCAUAAUGUGGAUGUACAAAUGGUGGACACCCUCUUGUAACUGACGAGUGGCUGUAAUGGACCCCAUUUCAGAUGUUUUAGUAGGCUGUUCCCGACAUAAGCUUUUUUUUUUUUUUUUUUAAUAACACUGACUGAUAUAUGGAACCGUUUAUAAGUUUCAGCUGAAGAAAAACACUUCCAAAGCAUUACACUGCCCCCCGACCAGGCUUCCCUGUAGACGGAUGGCGUUCUUUUUCGAAAUUGUUGCGUGUGCGCCAAACAAUUUUUACAAUCGUGUCCUAAAAAUUCCAUUUUUUGGGCCAAGUUCAAUCUUGUUUUCCCGGGACUGACCAUAACGUGUUUUUGCAAGAUUUCAAGGUUGUGUUCUGAAAAUGUAGCCGAGCUUGUAUUUGAUUUAUUUUUUUAAAUUUAAUCAGGUUUAAGUAUUGAUAUCAUCACCCAUGCUCCACACAUACAAUAUGAAGAAAGCGAAAUAUUAAUGUCACAUGUACUCAACAGCUAUUACUUCUUUUUGUCGGGGCUGAGAUUUAAAAUAAUUUGGACUCUGUUGCGGGAUCUGCCUGCGGGCAACACCGUACGCUGAAAAAACAUUAACGUAAAAAUGGAAUGAAAAGCUGACUAGAACAUCCGAGCUUUAUUCGGGGUUAAGCAGAAGCACUUUAAACGGUGCGCUGAAUGCGAUUGGUUCUUUUCCCAACACAGCCACAUUCGCAGUUACGAGGGUGUGGACGCGAUUUAUCUCGAUUUCAUAUUUUUAAAAUAUGACCAAAAGUGUCCAUUUGAACAGCGGCGCGUAGACUCUUUAUAUCCACUGUUUGCGUGUGUGGAUGUGCGCGUCAACAUCUUCAGUUGCAGGAAAAGAGAGAGAGAAUUCCGGUCGUUCAAUGACCUUUCACCUUUGGUUUUGCGUCAACAUUCAGUCAGCAAUAACGCUCACGCGGGAACGCGCCGUUGCUCUUCGACCUCUUCGCCCCAAACCCGACCCCCGUCAUUCCCCGGGCUCACGUGCAAUCGCUCUUGCUCGAUAAAUCUUCCUCCUUUAUUGCUUUUUUUUUUUUUUUAAUCAGUAAUAUGACGGUAUUGAUUUAAGGAGAUUUAAGUUAUUUUUUUAAGGUGACAAGCCAAAGAAAGAAAGUAGAAAGUCAAUUUGUGUUUAUUUUUGAUGUUCAGAAUUUAAACCGUGUUGUCAAACCAAACUGCGGGAAAGACCCGAUCCGCUAACUGGACAAGAGCAAAUCACUACUGAGGUCAUUAUUAGGUAAUAUAGAGAAAAUAUACGUUAUGAGUGUGUGGGUGUGUGUGUGUGUGUAGCAUGAUAAAUCAUUGAGUGGACCCACAGCAUCAGUUCUCCAUGCUGGCCUUUGUCUGCCCUCUAGUGGCGAGUGGCUUUCAUUUUUAUUUUUUGCUCUACCUCAUCGUGUGUUGUCGCACCCCGUCUGCGGGUCAAAGAGCCGAUCGGGUCGGAACGUCGGGCGCUCGGACGAUCAUAUUUCGUCAUUCGGUGGCCGCCCGAGAGUGCCCGGCAUCUAUGCGGGGGGGGCAUCGCAAACAAUCAAAUCCUGUAUGUGCUCCUCUUACAACUACGUUCACUGCCAUUGACGGCGUUAGAAGUCAAAUAUCCUUAAGACGUCUUAAUUUUUUUCAUAAUCGGUUUCUUUUGUAAGUGCAAUUGUGAGAAUGGACUCGUCACGCUUUGAGCGGCCUGCAGGGUGUCUGCUCGCCUUACGUCGACACCCAACCAUUCCCUCGCCCCUCUCAGCGACGCCUGCAUGUUGCCCCCCCCCCCACCCCAUCCUACAAUGUGCCAACACGCAUCCUGUCCUUAAACAACUUAUUUGCUCGCCUGUCUUAAGUUGAACAAUUAAUUUGAUUGUUUUUGUCAUAGUUGAGGUGCAGCUUCACAUUUUCUUCACUAGUCACUAGUGUACAUAACAGCACGUUGAUGACCUUGUCAUCGUAACGGUGCGUUUGAAAGGAGGUCACAUGGGGUUUGUACAUACACCUUGGCUGCAAAUGGCCCGAGACGGUUUGUACGAAACCGGAUGGAUCAGUCUCGAUUAUCCCCUCCGCGUCCUCUGAUGAAAUGUGCACGUUGGCGUCGCAGCAAAUGGACAACCGCCAUCACGUCCGCCGAUGACGCCCAAGUCAUACUACAGUGGAACUUUUUAAAGUCCAACUCAAUACGUUCCGAGAUGCCGUCUCUUCUAACUUUUCCUUUUUAAAUCAUAUUUCCCUCUCGGGAAAUAACGAAAAUUAAACUGUGGCCAUCGUAAAACCAUCAAAUGUACAGAUAAUUUUAUAACGGGGACAUUUUGCCCGUUUUUCGGGAGCCGCAUGUGUGCAAUUAUGUAACCCGCCCCCUAAAUACUGCUGGACCAAUAGCAAAUCAGGCUUUUACCAAGACUACCUACUAGCAUAAUUCCCGGCCUAUAAAGCGCACCUGGUUAUAAGCCUCACCUAGUACAUUUGUAAAGGAAAUACCAUUUGGUACAUACAUAAGCCGCAAGUGCCCACAUUGAAAGAUGAGAUAUUUAGAAAUAAUGACAGUACACAGAGUUUAACGCUAGCGCCACACUAGCGUGGCGCUAACGCUAGCGCCACACUAGCGUGGCACUGACAGGGCCGGUGUGAUGGUCUGAGCGCUCCCGAUGCUGAAAAGUAUUCUUCUGAUUAAUGCUCAUGCAAGUAUAUUUUGCAAACUUCCGGCCAGUCUGGAACAUCCCCAUCCAUGCUUCAACGUGUGCCAUUCGACAACUGGUCGCCGAGUGUGGAUGUUCGCGAUGGACGUCUCAGAAAGACGAGCAGAGCGAAAGUACAGAUAUGUGUAAUACUUUUGUUUUAAGGUUGGGAUAUAACGUAUGUUAGUUCGCUCUAUGUAGAAGAAGGAACUAUGAGACCGCGGGAUUUCCCCGUACCCAUAGUCCCCUUGUUACAUCACAAGGGGACUUUUCAGCACGGGGGAGCGCUCAGACCCUCACACCGGUUUAAAAAAUAAAAAUAAAAAAGAAAAACGCAAAAAAUCAUUUAGACACGCCAGUAACACAGCAGCAACACCCUAGCACAGUACUAACGCUAGUGGAGCACUAACAUGGCCGGUAAAAGUCACUUCCUCGGCACAUAUAUUCCGGUCUCACUCUUACCUUCUCGACUGCCGCCUUGCGGCUGUUAAAAAAAAAUGCCCAAAUUAGCCGCAUCACCGCAUAAACCGCAGGGUCGAAAGCGUGUGAAAAAAGUCGCGGCUCGUAGGCCGGAAAUUACGUUACCUGCGAGAUCAGAACUCAGAGUUGGGAAUGAAAGCGAACUUCCAUAGAGAUGAUAAAAUAUUUUUACCCCGUUGGAGGUUGCAGUUGAUGCACUACGCUGUGUGUAUGUGGUAAAGCGUUGGCCUCACACUUCUGAGGUCCCAGGUUCAAUCCCGGACCCGCCUGUGUGGCGUUUGCAUGUUCUCCCCGUGUCUGCGUGGGUUUUCCUCCGCCUAUUCCGGUUUCCUCCCACAUCCCCAAAACAUGCAACAUUAAUUGGAGACCCUAAAUUGCUCCUAGGUGUGAUUCCGAGCGCGGCUGUUUGUCUCAAUGUGCCCUGCGAUUGGCUAGCGACCAGUCCAGGGUUUACCCCGCCUCCCGCCCAUUGAUAGUUGGGAUAGGCUCCAGCACUCCUCGCAACCCUCGUGAGGAUAAGGGCCGAAGAAAAUGGAUGGAUGAAACCAUCAUACAGUAAAACAAAUAAAGUACUGUUGACUGACACGCCAUGCAGAGAGAAUUUUGGAGUGAAAUUCUGUUUUAUCGGUAUUGAUCGUUUGUUGGCUUUUCAACAUUUUGGAAAUUUGUUCCUGGGUCACUGUGCAGUCAUUCUAAAACCUUCAUUAAGCGCACGGUCGGCAAUAUUUAAAGCAACGUUAGAACAUAUUAAUAUAUUUCUCAUUUGAAAACGGCUAACAAUUUUUUUUCUGGAGGCUGGAACAGAUUCAUAGCAUUUCCAUUCAUUUCACUGGGGAAAGAUGUUUUGAGUUACGACCGAACUCAUCGAACUCCGAUCUCAAGGCAAAUGGAUCUUUUUACUAGCUCACAUACAUGUCGUGCAAAGACCGCGGUAUCAUAAGAUUAAGAUAAAGUAAGACAACUCAGCCUUUGACGCCACCCGACGCGUCGGACUCGAGAGGUUCCACCGUAGGUUUCAUUUCUGUCUGGUCCAAAUGAUUUCAACGCUCAUUUCGAGCGCUGCAUGUGUGCGAAACUUUUAGUUUUCAAUCAUUGUGAUGCACUUUAGUCCAUCCACACUUUCAAGAAAUUAAUGAAAAAUGAUAAAUAUAUAUAUAAUAUAUAUGUGUGUACGUGUAUACACUCAGUGCAGGGUUUUUAGUCUCUUCUAAAUUAUUUUUCCGUGAUGUGACAUCGCAACAGUCGACAGCUGUUCAUUGAUUUUUUUUUUUUUUUAUGCCAAAAGGUUGAUUAAAUCCCAGAGGGUCUCAGGAGUUUGUUUAAAAAAAAUAUUAAUAAUGAUUUAAAAAAAAAAGACUCAUUUGAAGACUUGGCAGCACCAAAUCUUCUGUUCUCAUCGUUUGAAUGGAAUUCUAUGCAACAUGUGUCCCCCCCCCCCCCCCCUCCUCAUGCUGGAUUUGAUGAGUCCAAAUGGCGUGCGUGCGUCCUCAGCAUUUGUCACGUGAAUGCCUCCUCGAAAAGGGAAGUAGUGGGGGGCCGGGGGCGGGGGGGUCCCGCUUGGACAAAACAGAUGCAAAGUGCUGUAUGUACAUGGAGAGAGACUUAUUUUCACUCGUUCAAAAUGCAACAUGGAGAGCGAGUCAGUAGAGAGAGAGAGAAAUGGAUCUGUAUAUUGUUGAAUAAAUAUUGUGAUGUAAGAGAUUCUGAAUUUUUUUUCAUUUUUUUUUUUAGUGCGGGUGUAGCUCAAUAAAAGACAAUAUGGUGGAAAAGUCAGUUUUAUUUAGUCGUUCAAUUAAUGAGCGAGGUCCUAUUUUUGGGCCGAUCUACGAAGAAAACCCAACUACCCGCUCGUGGGCAGCGUCCCAUUUUUGGGACGAGAUUAUUAAUUAGUAAAGUUACCAUAUAACUUAACCAUAAAUGCAAAAGAAGUGUUAUUUCCUUGAUUGUGGACUGUU